AUCUCAUCUCUUAACUACUUUCACUCUCAUAUUUAUCAAGAAUGAAUUUGCAGACUUCAAAAACAAUGGCUAUGGCUAUUUUUCUCUUUCUUUUUUGUGUUUCUUUAGGAAUUGUGUCUGCAUUGUCUCACCCUGACAAGAUCAUACAAUUGCCAGGACAACCUCAAGUGGGUUUUCAACAAUUUUCAGGAUAUGUUACUGUUGAUGAUAAGAAACAAAGAUCUCUCUUUUACUACUUUGUUGAAGCAGAAACAAAUCCAGCUUCAAAGCCUCUAGUUUUGUGGUUGAAUGGAGGACCUGGAUGUUCUUCAGUGGGGGUUGGUGCAUUUUCUGAAAAUGGGCCAUUUAGACCAAGGGGACAAGUUCUUGUUAGGAAUGAACACAGCUGGAACAAAGAGGCAAACAUGUUAUAUUUGGAGAGUCCAAUUGGAGUUGGGUUCUCUUAUUCAAAUGAUACUUCUUCCUAUGAGACAGUAAAUGAUGAAGUAACAGCCAGGGACAAUCUUGUAUUCUUGCUACGUUGGUUCCAAAAAUUCCCACAGUAUAGAAAAAGCAAUUUGUUUUUAACUGGUGAAAGUUAUGCAGGACAUUAUGUACCUCAGCUUGCAAAGCUCAUGAUGGCAUUUAACAAGAAGCAGCAGAUUUUCAAUCUAAAAGGAGUUGCACUAGGUAAUCCGGUUCUGGAAUUCGCUACUGACUUUAAUUCAAGGGCAGAGUACUUCUGGUCUCAUGGUCUAAUAUCAGAUCCAACAUACAGAAUGUUUAGUUCUGCUUGCAAUUAUUCGCGAUAUGUCAGCGAGUACUACAGGGGCUCUGUGUCGCCAAUCUGUUCAAGAGUCAUGAGCUUAGUAAGUAGAGAAACAAGUAAGUUCGUGGACAAGUACGGUGUUACUCUUGAUGUUUGUAUUUCGUCAGUGCUUUCCCAAUCCAAGAUUAUAAGUCCUCAAGAAAAUGUCGAGAAGUUAGAUGUAUGCGUGGAAGAUGAAAUUGUCAAUUACUUGAACAGGAAAGAUGUCAGAAGGGCCCUUCAUGCUGAGCUUGUCGGAGUACGUAGAUGGGCUGUUUGCAGCAAUAUUCUGGACUAUCAGCUGCUGGACAUAGAGACACCAACCAUCUCCAUUAUAGGAAUGCUUGUCAAGGAAAGAAUUCCAGUCUUAAUAUACAGUGGGGAUCAAGAUUCUGUCAUUCCAUUAAUUGGAAGUCGCGCAACUGUUCAUCAACUAGCAAGGCGAAUGCGGCUGAACACAACUGUUCCCUAUAGAGUUUGGUUUGCAGGGCAACAGGUUGGUGGAUGGACACAUGUAUAUGAUAAUAUCCUCUCCUUUGCUACUAUUAGAGGUGCUUCUCAUGAAGCUCCUUUCUCUCAACCUGAGAGAUCACUUGUGCUGUUCAAGUCAUUUCUUGAAGGCAAACCACUCCCUGAAUUUUUCUGAUCAGAUCCCAAAUUGGUGACAAACAUCUAGCAGAGUAAAUAGGUGGUCCAUCUUGUAAAGGAUCUUUUUUUUUUGUUGUUGCUCCAAAUAUGAAAAAGAAAGAAGUGGACACAAAAAAAUUGUGUUCUGGACAGCAUGUCUGCAUGUAGAUGAGUGCAGGUGUAGAGUAUUUGUAACUUUUAUUGGAAGCAAAAGAGUCCAUGUCAAAACAUUUGAUCUUAGUUUAAAUUUGAUAUGUAGAGCCUAGGCAUCAAAAGAGUUGGUGUUUAGAUUAAUUGUUUUACUUGAACUUGAUGAAGAUAUUUAAUAACCACUGGUUCAUUAGUUUAAGUUUGACAGACUUAAGUGAAGGAGUUGGUCUUAAAACUUUUGACCUUUGGGGCAGAUCACCUUACCAAUGGACAAAAGUAAAAAGACCACCUCUUAGUGUGUCCUAUUUCAUUCUACUGUAUAAAUGAGGGUUAAUACGUUUGAAAAAUGAGAAGCGAUCUUGGAGAGACA